AUGGCCCCACUCACGCUCACCAAAGCACUAAAAGACAAAAAACCAAAAUCCCAAAUCCACAAGCACUGCGAUAAACUCUCUUACAUCGCCCUAUUAUCCUUCUUGCAGCGCACUGCUAUGGAGACUAGAAUCGUUUCCCAAGAAAUCCACGGCCACGACAACAACAGGCUAAUGACACGCAGGGAAGUUGGGAGAGCAGGCAGACGCGUUUUGAGACGCGUAAAUGGAAAUCAAGAACAGCCAUAA